GACAGGUGUGACUAGCAGGUAGACUCUAGAGUGCAGCAGGACAAAUGCCGCAUCCCCCUCAGCUCAGCUCCAUGUGCACGAUGACGCAGCGGAGGGCAGACUGCGCUCACACCUCAACCCGCUCCUUAUGUGGAAUCUCGGGGCGGGACGCGGCAAUGGCGCACUUUCCAAUGAGAGGCCGGGGACGCGGCCGGGGGGAGUUGUCUGUAUUGUGACGCCGCCAUGAGGGAGGAGGAAGCGUGAGCAGCUCGGGCUGCGUUCUCUACCAGAGAGAGCGAUAAACAAGAGAGGGGAGAAAAAGUAGCGACUGCGUGAGGAGACAAGAGACAGAAGCCGAGAGAGGAGCAUGACAGGCGGCGGCCACUGAGCUCCACCACUGACUGACACGGCUCCCGCUCUGCCUGUGAGGUGACCGGAGGAGCGCGGCGCUGAGGAGGAGACCGGCGGGAGGGCUGUGCGUUGAGGAGGACAACCGGACAAGUUUCCUGCUGUCAGGGACGAGGAGAAGUUUCCCGUGUUAGUGACAACUGUGAGGAAAGUUGGAUGUGAGCGGGGGCGGCCGCUGACAGGAAUAUGUGGCGCCCGGCGGGCUCCCCCGUCUAGAGCCGCGGACCCCGGGCUCGCUGCUGUGUGUGAGGAAACUUUGCGCAGGUGAUUUUGCUAUUGUCGGGAGAUUCUGUGACACGGAGGAAGGAUGCACCUGGCGGGCGGGAAGUCGCUGCGGCUCUGGCACCUGGUGCUGGCGGCUUUGUCGCUGCUGCCUGCGUCUAGUCGGGCAUUGGUCUGUUUACCCUGCGAUGAGUCCAAGUGCGAGGAGCCCAAGAACUGCCCCGGGAGUAUCGUGCUGGGCAUCUGCGGCUGCUGCUUCAUGUGCGCCCGGCAGAAGAACGAGAGCUGCGGGGGAGUGUACGGGCUGCACGGAGCCUGCGACCGGGGGCUACGCUGUGUCAUCCGCCCCCCGCUCAACGGAGACUCCAUCACCGAGUACGAAGUGGGGGUGUGCGAAGAUGAGAAUUGGGAUGAUGGUCAGCUCUAUGGAUUUGAACCUUGCAAUGAAAACUUUAUAACAGGAUGCAACAUCAUCAAUGGAAAAUGUGAAUGUGACACUAUUCGGACCUGUAACAGCCCCUUUGAAUUCCCUAACCAGGAGUCAUGUCAGGCUGCCUUGAAAAGAAUUGAAGAAGAAAAGCCAGAUUGCUCUACAGCUCGAUGUGAAGUGCAGUUUUCACCACGUUGUGCAGAAGACUCAGUCCUCAUUGAAGGCUACGCUCCCCCUGGCGAAUGUUGUCCUCUCCCCAGCCGAUGUGUGUGCAACCCAGCAGGAUGCUUGCGAAAAGUCUGCCAGCCAGGCUACCUAAACAUUGUUGUGUCCAAAGCAUCAGGCAAGCCAGGGGAGUGUUGCGACCUCUACGAAUGCAAACCAGUUUUCAGUGUGGAUUGUAGUACUGUGGAAUGCCCUCCAGUCCAACAAGUUGUGUGUCCUUCAGACAGCUAUGCAACACAAGUCCGACUGACGGCUGAUGGAUGCUGCACGUUACCAACAAGAUGUGAAUGUCUCUCUGGGAACUGCAGCUUUCCUGUAUGUGAAGCAGGCUCGAUCCCUCGGAUAGUCUCACGAGGCAAUGGAAUACCUGGGAAGUGCUGUGACAUCUUUGAGUGUGUUAACGAGACAAAGCCAGCAUGUAUUUUUAAUAACGUGGAGUAUUAUGAUGGAGAUAUGUUUCGUAUGGAUGCAUGUCGCUUCUGUCGGUGUCAAGGAGGUGUUUCCAUCUGCUUCUCAGCUCAGUGUGGAGAGCUGCACUGUGAUCGCUACUAUGUGCCAGAGGGGGAGUGCUGCCCAGUUUGUGAAGAUCCUGUGUACCCAGUCCAUGAUCCUGCUGGUUGCUACGCUAAUGGACAGAUAAGAAGUCAUGGUGACCGCUGGAGGGAAGAUGACUGCACAUUCUGUCAGUGCAUUAAUGGAGAACCACAUUGUGUUGCUACAGCAUGCGGUCAGAGCUGUCUGAAACCUGUGAAAGUGCCUGGAGAAUGCUGUCCAGUCUGUGAAGAACCUACAUACAUCACCAUGGCUCCACCAACAUGUGAUCUGUUAAUUAACUGCACGUUGACUGACAAGGACUGCAAUUAUGGAUUCCGCUUAGAUCAGAAUGGCUGCCGCAUCUGUCAGUGUAAAACAAGAGAGGAGCUUUGCACUGGACUUAUAUCAGGUUGUGCCCUGGACUGUCCCUAUGGCUUUCAGACUCAUUUCCACAACUGUGAGAUCUGCCAGUGCCGACCAAGGCCCAAGAAGUGCAAGCCAAUAGUCUGUGACAAAUAUUGUCCAUUCGGCUACCUGAAAAACAAACAUGGCUGUGAAAUAUGUCGCUGCAAGAAGUGUCCGGAUGUCCCAUGUGGCAAGAUUUGUUCUAUGGGCUUUGAGGAAGACAGUCAUGGAUGCCCAGUCUGCAAGUGCAGAGAAGCAGUUUCAUCAGCUGGGCCACCAGUUUUGACUGGCACGUGUCUAUCAAUGGAUGGAAGACGUCAUGAGAAUGAAGAGAGCUGGCAUGAUGGUUGCCGUGAAUGCUACUGCCACAAUGGACGGGAAAUGUGUGCACUGAUAACUUGUCCUGUUCCUGGCUGUGCCAAUCCUAGCAUACUUCCAGGGCAGUGUUGCCCCUCGUGUCCAGAGGAUACAAGCGGGAAGAAGCCAGAAUCCACAGACCCAUCCAUCUGCCAUGCCCCUGGAGGGGAGUAUUAUGUUGAAGGAGAAACAUGGAAUAUUGAUUCUUGCACACAGUGCACUUGUCAUAGUGGACGAGUUUUGUGCGAGACUGAAGUUUGCCCUCCGCUGCUAUGUCAAAAUCCUAGUCGUACUCAUGACUCUUGCUGCCCUCAUUGCCCAGAUGAAUCUCUUCAGCCUUCUGUACCGGGCAAUGACAGUCUGCCCAGCUACUGCAAAAAUGACGAGGGAGACAUUUUCCUGGCAGCAGAGUCUUGGAAACCCAAUGUUUGCACUAGCUGUGUCUGCAUGGAUGGUAUGAUCAGCUGCUACUCUGAGUCCUGUCCGCCUGUAACCUGUGAAAGACCAGUUCUGAGGAAGGGUCAGUGCUGUCCAUACUGCAUUGAGGAUACAAUUCCAAAGAAAGUUGUCUGCCACUUCAACGGCAAGACCUAUGAGGAUGAAGAGAGAUGGGACAUCGACAGUUGCACGCACUGCUACUGUUUGCAAGGACAGACACUCUGCUCCACAGUCAGCUGCCCACCUUUGCCCUGUGUAGAACCAAUAAAUGCUGAAGGGAGCUGUUGUCCCAUGUGUCCAGAGAUGUAUAUUCCUGAACCCACUAACAUCCCUAUUGAGAAGACAAAUCACAGAGGAAGAAACGAACAUGACUUUCUUCACUGGCCAACACCAAGUGAGAAUGACAUUCACCAUCAUAGAGAAAUGGGUCAUCUAAAAGUGAACUAUAGAGAAGGAGACAGACCUCAGUCAAGUGAGGACAGCUCACUUCACUCAGUUGCAUGGGUCGCAAUCCCAAUAUUGACAGCUUUGAUUAUCAUCAUUGUCCUUCUUCUGAUCAAUAAGAAAAAGCAAUGGAUUCCAGUACCCUGUUACCGAACACCUACAAAGCCAACCUGCCUAAACAACCAACUGGUGUAUGUGGACUGCAAGAAAGGGACUAGGGUACAAGUGGACAGCUCACAAAGGAUGCUAAGAAUGGCUGACCCAGACUCUAGAUACAGUGGCUUCUACAGUAUGCAAAAACAGAACAACCUCCAGGCAGAUAAUUUCUAUCAAACUGUGUGAGGAACGCCAAGACUUCUAUCACAUGGAUUUUCCUUUAGAGAAAAGGAAAAUAAAUUAGACAAGAGGAUGGAUAACAGACUGAAACCUGCUAUACAAAAAAAAAAAAAAAACUGUGCACUUGCUUAUUGGAUUGUGUGACAUGUACAGUUGAGACCUUACUGAGAUGAACUCUUGUCUCAUGCAAUGUGCCAAAACAAACAUUCCCACUUUCCCUUUGUAACAACUGACCAAGUGUUUUCUUAGAACCAAAGUUUGGAGAACUGGCUUAUGCGUAUCUGCUUGUAACAUAGCUAUAGAGAUGUUUUCUUUUUUUCAAGUUGGUUGGGGAUGUAGUUUGGGGUACUGACAAAGGAGAGGUCACAAGAGCUUAAUCAGACGCAGGAGAAAGGCGAAUAUGUAUAGUGAGGCACCACAUUUCUUCUAGUAAAGUUGCUAAUACUGGCUUAUGCUGGUAACAUAUAAGAAUGGCAGUGCCCUCGCCCCAUUUAAAGACAUUGACUUCUCCUGCAUCUCAGAAUAUAUACCACAAGAAAACAAUGCUGAAAAUGGAGUGGUCUAUACAAAUUUUUGCUACAGGUUGUUGUACACAAAAUAUACUAUGUACAAAUCACAGCCAUGCUCAAGCUGCAAAUAAUUCUUUUUCUAAACUGAUUUCUCUUCACAUGUUCAAUACAAACAAUGGUAAAAAAAAAAAAAAUAAUAAAAAAAAAGAUGAUAGCUGCAGUAAGGUAGACAUGGUGGGUAAGGUUCUAAAACUAUAGAAAAUGUGCUGCUUGUUUUUUUCCUUUAAAAGUUUUAUUUUUAUUUGAUUUUAGCGAUUGGCCAGUUGGAUUAAAGUAAAAUUACAGAGGGCUUAGUAGGUUUUUUUUCAUAUAUAAAUAUAUAUCUAUAUCUGAGCACUGGAUUUUUAUUUUUUCCUUAGAGCAGUAUUUAGAACAUUUUAAGAUCUUAACCAAAUACUGUUCUAAGAUUUCUUUUAUAAUGGGGUGUUGUUGUUAAAGCUAUUUUAUUUUUAUUAUUUUUUUUGUGUGCGUGUGUGAUCAUAUGUGUGUGACUUUCAUUGCAUUUUUGUUCUACCAAGAGAAGGAUUGCAAUUGCUAUUUACUUUUGUUGAUGCUGGAGAGGCAAUGGUUUUAGAAAAAAAGGAAAGCCAUUGGCGUUAGCUUGCUGGAAAAAAUAACUUAUGCUUCAAACAAGUGGAGAUGGCAUAAGAGGGGGGGAAUGGGAUGCAGAGUAUAUUUUCGAUUCCAUUUAUUUUAUUUUAUUUUUUUUUUUUUGCUUUAUUCUUUUUGUUUGAUUUUAUUAAGUUACUGAUUGUGCAAAUUAGAAAACCGCUACCCUUUUUUGGAGUUGCUUAAUUUUAUUGUAUAUUCAAGCACCUUUUUUUCAAAGCUAAGUUAAAAAAAAAAGCAAAAGUUGCAAAAAAAAGUAAAUAAGAGGAGAUUAUGCUUCUUCAAACUUUAGCAUUUUAGGAAUAUUUAUGUAAAUGUAUAUUAUGCUAAAAUGACAAAGUAUUUGUAUAUAUAUCUAUAUAUAUAUAUAAAAAAUAUAUAUAUAUAAUUUUAUAUGUUUUCUUUUCCUGUUGAAUGUAUUUUUAACCAAGAAAGAGAAAUUUACCCGUAAAAGAAACAUUAAAAACCAGCAUUCCAUACCAAUGCUUAACUGCUUGUAAGUUCAGAUAAGGAUGCAGGCGUAUUUUAAUUCUACCUACUGUGUUACUUUUCUUUUGUGUUUGUGUGUGCUUUUUGUCUCUGUACCAUAUCACGUGUAUUUGCGUGAAUAUGCAUUAUGUAAAAUGUGUGUAUAUGUCUGUGUGAACCUGAAAACCACAGUGACUUCAGCAAUAAGCAUAAGUCCUGCUACUUUGGAUAGUGAGUUGGGGGGGGGAGGGCUUUUAAUUUAUUAUACAGUAUAUUCUUUUGUUUUUGCUAUGUUCUGUGUUUUGCUGAACAAGCCCAGGAAUUGGACUUGGUUGUUUGGUAUUGUGAGGUGAAAUACAGUUGAAUCAGAUAUGGAAGUUGCAACUUUAUCAUUGGGAAAAAGGCUUGUGGGGCUUAAGAAAGGCUUGUUCACAAAGUAAUGUUAUGACCCGCAUGUCUCCCUGCAUGGUUCUGUUCUCCAUGUUUACCAAAAUGAGUAUAGAUAACAUCAGUGGGAAGACGAGGCAUUGGGAGCAGUUACAUAUAUUUAAAAUAAAAA